UGCAUUGUAUCGGCGGUCAAAGCAUGUAAUUUCAUUUGCAGCAAGCAUUUUAAACAGAACUUAUGCAAAUUUGCGUUGAUUAAUCACAACGGGGGCUGAGAAUUUAGUGUAGGAUUCUUUCUUUCUUCUACCACCUGCUGCCGCGAAGCGCCGUAUUUAGCAGCUGGCUUGAGAGGUUAACCACUGACUGCGUUUGUUUUUAUCUUUCGUCGUUUUGUUCAAACUGUGUAGUGUAAAAGACGUUAGCAACCGCUUGUAGUGCUUUAGCCUAACGUAUAGAGAUUGUAGUCGGUUUAAGAGUGGUAUAAAUGGUCUUUUUUAAACCUGCAUAUUGGACUUUACUUCACUGAUGUAGGGGCGAACUUUAUAGCGAACAAAAGUGCUGUCUGGAUUGAUAUUUGUUGUCUUGUUAAUGUUGACGAAGUCUACAAAAAGUUCACAGAUACAGUAUGAGUAAAAUCUUUCGAAGAAAGGGCUUGGCAUUGCUCUCAGGAAUUCUGUGUCUACUGGCCACUGGAAUAAUUGUGACAGUAUUGAUAAAUGACCCACACAAACCAGAGACUAGACCAUGGUCUGCCUGGGUCCAGGCGAACUUCACUCGUACAAUACAAGUGAACGGAGUAAAUCAAGUUCUGGCAAAAACUGGAUGGGUUUACUUUGGUUUGUUUAAAGGCUACAAGGAGAAGUCAUAUUCUGGAAACUAUCAAGGCUUGAGAACGGAAUAUUUUGAAGGUAUGAAAACAUAGAAUAUGUGUUUUUGUUCUAUGUCUAUGAGCUUUCAACUGGAAAAUUUAGGUAUUACACUAUUAUUACUGUAUAAUUAUCGUACCGUAUUUCACGCAACUAGGAUUCGGUAAACUGGGACCAGUGUAGUUUAAAUAUAUGGGUUCAAUGAGUGUGAGAAUUUCUACCCUAAUUCUUUACUGUUACGAAUGUGCUUAAAUUUACUUUCCUCCUAUCAUUAAAUUAUUAUAAAUAUUAAUUAUUUUUCAAUUUACAUCUAUCUCAUAAAUUUAGAAGUAGUUCGUCACAAGUCUAAAUAAAACUCAACGACAAGUCGACAACGCUUUUCUAAUCGCACAAAAUUCGCCGUCAUAGCAAAACUAGCGAAUAGCGUUAUGUCAUUUCAACGAAUUAAAUUUCUCGUCUGCGAGGCACCAAAUAAGGAAAGCGCAUACAAAUUAAAGAAAAUGAAAUUCCAGGCAAUACUUGUUGCAGUUAUAGAAACAUUGAUAUUUGAUAUACACCGAAAGCCGCACAUUUUUAGCUAUAGUAAGUUUGACAUAUAAAUAAUUAAUCAGUCAAUUCUCAUGCACGUCUUAUUAAAGGCAAGCUUUUUCAGAAUCUUUUGUCUGACUUAAAUUUGCUCGUCUUGCAUUAAAUUAAUCUUGUCAACUGUACGAUGUUUUUAAAAAUAUUCUAUUACUUGAUAUCCAAAUGUUUUAAAAAUCAUUUAUAUAGACAUUAUUGCCCACACACUACACAGUCACAGAUAUUUAAGUCUACUAUACACUGAUUGCAAGCUUCGUUCCAAUGAUUGCACUGUUAUUCAUUCUACAGACUUACAGUUAAAUAGUUAAUAUAUUAUGUCAUCUUUGGCUUUGCCUUUGAGAGCGCGGUUUAAUUACUAGAACUAUGUUCAAACCGGCCAAUAAGCCUUUAUUAAAAUAUGAAUUAUGUGCAUGGCGCAAACUUAUGGCCAUUAUGAUUUUUUAAUCUUUUAUCGUUGCUAUACGACUAUAUACUUAUAGUUUGCGAGACUAUGGUCAGACAUAUAGCUGUUGUUGAUUUACAAUACAAUCGAUAUAUGAAGUAUUUUUAUACAAACUUAAGCAGUGGUCUAUAACGUCAAAUAUAUUCUGUGUACACAUAACUGUGCUUGUUACUUAGUUACAACAAUCAUUUAUUCAAAUGAAGCAUUAUUGCAAGUGCAUACGUCGUAUGAACUUCAACCACGAUUUUGAAAGCAAACAAUUUGAUAUAUUAUUCCGGUACAAAAUUUCGCUAAAAUUGAAGAAAGUUUUGGUAGAAAACAAGAAUAGUUGGGUUCUGUCAUUUUGGUCGAAUGAUUGGAGUUAUUCGAGUGUUAAAAUGGGGAAAAUUUGUCGCAGAAAUUCUUUAUUCUUCUUUGCUGGUUUGCUUGCCCUUUGUGCUAUUGGGGCAAUAACAUACGCACUCUUGAGCGAAGAAUUGGUCUCCUGCAAGAUCAGGCGAAAUGUUAGCAAUAAAACGUUCGAUGCAGGCUGGAAAAAGUUUGGCUUAAUCAGAGGGUGUGAAGAAAUACAACCUUUCAAGUUUGGUGGCAGUGCGAGAGAUAAGUGUUUCCAAGGUAUAGCAUGAUUACAGCCAGCUAUGAAAGUAGAGUACAUAAUAUGUCAUUGCAUGGCGGCUCAUAAGCAAUAAAGCAAAGCAAGAGACGAUUAAUUCACAUAAGCUAUAUUUAUUUCCAGGGUAAAAAGCGGGAGGAUUGCGUGUAUGUGAGUUAUGUGUGCAUGGAAAUAUACUAUAGGCGACUAUUAAAAACUCUGCAUAAAUAUGUACAGUCUUUAUAAUUAUAGCAGUGCAUGCCGACUGAUGCAGUGUUAUUGUGCAAACAUCUUAGACUUUACUCUGUUGCUGGGUUCCAAAUCAAAUCAAAUCAUUAAAUUCCGUGAAAAAAUAAUUUCUGACUGUCCCAACCGGGAAUGGACUAUACGUUAAACCAGAUACGCUUGAGAUCCCCGAUUGGGAUCUCAGAAACAUUCUGUGUAACAUACACACUCAUGCGGGAUAUCCACCCUCACGGCGAAUUGUGGGACUGAUGCGGGCUGAUCAGGUCAAGAAUGGUAGACUCGCUUAUUGCCCUCAGCAGUGUACUGGAGGUUGUGUCAUUGUGGAUUUGUGGGGUUAACAUGGAAACACUGCCUCACAAAGGAUUGAAAAGAAAUGUUUUGGCAAGUGUUCGACUCUGUUUAGACACCCGACAUUCAAGUUACUACUCGAGUACAGCCACACUGCUGAGGGUAAAACCUGUACAGACGAACUAGUUUUCCUUGUAUACUGUCUCGUGUGUACGGUCAACAAACGUUUCUUGAUAAGUUUCACUUGACAAGUUCACGUUUUCUUGAUAACUUUCACUUGGCAAGUUUCACUUGCAUAAAUGUAGAGUCUUUAUAAUUAGCAGUACAUGCUGACUGAAUUGAUGCAGUGUUAUUGUGCAAACAUCUUAGACUUUACUCUGUUCUGGGUUCCAAAUAAAAUAAAAUCAUCAAAUUUCGUGAAAAAAUCAUUUCUGACUGUCCCAACCGGGAAUGGACUAGGCCUAUACGUUAAACCAGAUACGCUUGAGAUCCCCGAUUGGGAUCUAAGAAACAUUCUGUGUAACAUCAAUGCGGGAUAUCCACCUGGGAACUGAUGCGGGCUGAUCAGGUCAAGAAUGGUACUAGAUUUGCUUAUUGCCCUCAGCAGUGUACUGGAGGUUGUGUCAUUGUGGAUUUGUGGGGUUAACAUGGAAACACUGCCUCACAAAGGAUUGAAAGGAAAUGUUUCGGCAAGUGUUCCACUCUGUUUAGACACCCGACAUUCAAGUUACUAUACCCGAGUACAGCCACACUGCUGAGGGUAAAACCUGUACAGACGAACUAGUUUUCCUUGUAUACUGUCUCGUGUGUACGGUCAACGGGUUUUCCUUGAUAAGUUUCACUUGACAAGUUUCACGUUGCUCGUGCGCAGUAACACUGAAACUUUAACAUAGCUAAAUACAUUGUCACUUGUAAUGAAUAAUCUGAUUAAUAAUAAUAAUGUAAUAAUUAAAAUAUUUAGUCAGGGGAUCCAUUCACAAAAGUGAUUUUCGGUGUAGCCCUGAUAAAAUAAAUAAAUAAGAAGAAAAACUAACAAAAGUGAAUAUAUAUAUGAAAGGUUAUAUAGUAUAAUGUUCUACAAUCUUUGACAUAACUGGUUGAGACUAUUUUCCCCCUAUAGAAAAUUCGCAUAUUUUUAUGAUAAAUUCCAUGUUGAAUCAUGUUGCCCUUCUUAAGCCCCGCUCCCCGAACUCAAUGUUGAGCGUGUGUCAUGGUUUAUUACCAAAAGUUGACAACAUUGAACUGGGGGGGGGGGGUGGAGGGGGAGACAAAGUUUGUUUUGUUAAUGUUCAAUAACUUUGUAAUAUUGGCUGGAAUGGUCUCAAAGGUUUUGUCCAAGAUUGUAGCGCAUCCUAUCAGUUCAGUCGAGUGUCCUAUGCAUGCAGAUAAUUAAAUGUUUCUUUAGUUUAGUUUUAAAAGUUUUAAUUUGACGUAUAUUCCGGAGUUGCAUAGGCAGACUGUUCCAGUCGUUGGCAGCAUGGUAGCUGAAUGCCUGCUUCCCCCAGUUCUUCCUGACGCGUUCCAAAUGUAUGUUCUGGUUUAUUUCGAGUGUUGUAUUGCUGUGGAUGUCAGCUAAAGGAGUACUUGAAAUUGAAUUUGAAAUGAAGUUUAUAUGAAGUUUAUAUAGUGGUGCCAUGCAAUGGAAUCAUCUUUCAGAGGAUUCAAAAAAUCCUGAAACCCUUUCUUCUUUUAAAAGAAAAAUACGUCAGGCAUGAACACUCCCUUUGGAUCGCACCAAUUUAGUUUUUAUAUAAUUACUUUUCUAUUAUCCUUUGCUUCCUUGUUUUUGUAUAUAGUUUAACUUGUAUAUAGUUUAAUGUGUAUAUUCUUUAAUUUGUAAAUAGUUAUUGUGUGACGCCCCUCAUGAAAAGCAGCUCACGUUGAUCGAGGCUAGCGUGUUUAAAUAAAGUUUUACCAUACCAUACCAUACCAUACCAUACCAUACCAUAUCGUACCGUACCGUAUCGUAUCGUAUCGUAUCGUAUCAUACCAUACCAUACCAUAUUCAGUUAUUUAAAGUUAUUUAACAUCAUGCUAAGGCUGGCUUACACUAUCGAGGUUUCUGUGAUCAUAUAGUAGGGAUUUUGCAUAGGUAUAUAUAAAUUCUAAGUUUCGAAGGAUUUGCAUUGUAAGAAAUAUUUGAGGGAACAGACUCAUACAUGUGUUAACACUGACUGAGUUCACGGCUUAAACAUUUCUUACAAAUACUUGCAAACUUAGAAUAGGUUAGGAAUAGGUUACCUCCCAGGUAAGGUUCUCCUCAUUUUCAGUUGAAUUACAAAAUUGAUCCUGAAGAAACGCGGAGGGGGGAGGUGUCCGGGACCCCACAUUCCCCCACGUGGCUACGUCUCUGUCUUACCGCACGGUCUUGUACACACAUAAAUAUCUCACAACUUGUCAACAAGAUGUGUUCGCAACAGGCUUGUAGCAUGCUUUUCAACAACUUGCAACAGUUCUGUUAUUUUAUCAAGUUGCUACAAGGUUGUCACUCACAACUUGUUGGCAAAUUGUUGAAUUGCAGGACGAUAACAAGUUGUUUGAACAACUUGUAACAAGUCUGUUGAGCUCAACAACCUUGUAACAAGUUGCCAACAAGCCGUUGGCAACUACAUCCUGUUGACAAGUUGUUGGAACAGCAUUGCUACAAGUCUGCUACAAGCUUGUGUACUUCAAAUAACACAACGUUUAGAUGGAACAAUCCGUGGCGUUAUUAAUUCAUAUGAAUGUCUUUGCUUUUUAGUGUUCAAAGAAUUUGAUAAUGUGUUCAACCUGAAAAUACUCUAUGCUGUGAUUGGCUGCCUUGUAGUUGGCGGUAUCGUCCUAAUACUUUCUGCAGGACUCAGUUUUUAUAACGAGUUUACCAAAUCUUCAUACGUCAUACUCGGCUCUGUGGGUCUCUAUAUUUUUAAUGGAGUUGCAUGUGAGUAUGUUAGAAUGUUUUUUUUCAAUAUUUUGCAUGGUAUCAUAUCUUAACAAUCGAGUGUAGUUCUUUAAAGGGAAAUAGCAAUAAAAGUUAAGUUUCUCCCAUUUGGAAGAGGGGUUCCAUAUAGUUCAAAACAUUUUUACGAAUUUUCUAUACCGUUCUUAGUAUUACCCUUCAUUUCAAACAAAAGCAUGCAUUCCGCCAUCUUGAAUGUGCAUGUGCGUGACGUCACAUCCAGGGUAACAUUAUUUUGUAUUUUGAGCAAUUUUAAUUUCAGGCCAUUUUAAUUAAUGAUAAAUAGAGAUUACUUCAUGGUUGAUGAGCGCGUACGAUUUUUAUGCACGAGUUGCGAAAAAUUCCUAUAAACGAACGAGUGAGCGCAGCGAACGAGUGAGUUUAUAGGAAUUUUUCGCAACGAGUGCAUAAUAAAAAUCGUACAAGCGAAUCAACCAUGAAGUAAUUUGUUUAUUAUAUGAGUUACUAUAUAUUAGAGUGAAAUUUAAGUGCUGAACGAUAGACACAAUUCAAACCAAACAUUUCAAACAUAUAUAAUAUGCAUCAAAAAGUACAACAAUAGCUACAACAAAUGAAUUAUUUCGCUUUAAAAUUCUUGUAUUAUUAUUCUCCUGUUGUUCAAUGAAUUCGCUUACGGAUGGUGUCUCUGCGAAGCCAUUUCAAAUCAAAAGUCGAACGGACAUCUAAAAAAACUGAUUGUUGUUUUCUUGUACGCCAGUGGCGCGGCCGCCGCGGCGGGAAAAGUAAAUACGAAAUUUUUCACUAGUGACAAAUUCCGUACGUCCAAUGAGAAGGCUAAUACGACGUUCUUCACUAGUGGCGAAUGUCGUAUGUCCAAUGAGAUGCUCAGAAAUUUUAGGCAUAUGGUUUUUAUUCGACAACUUUAUCGCGUAUAAAAUUCAAUACUCAUGUAAUAAAUCCUAUUUUUUUUUACGUACUGUUGCCGAGUAUUGCUUGUCUUAAAAUUAAAGCACACAAGCUAUGUUUAAACUUUCCAUUUUAAAUUCUCUACCGCUAGUCUAGUCGAACUAUGAAACAAUGGCGGAUGGCAUGCAGGAUUAUUUUGCUUUCAAAUAUCGCCCAUGUGUAUAGGUACAAAUGAGUUACGUGGUUCCUUAUUUUAUUUAGUUUUCUUCAUGCUGUGUGCAGUUGGUCUGUUCUCAGGUCUUUAUCAUCAACAAAUCAAAAAGAAUGUCCUGAAAAGCAGCGAAAUAGACGAAGGCUUCAACAGUGAGGACAAUGCUUCACUCAAGUUUUCGUUUUGGAUUCUGGUCGGUGCUUGCUUUCUGCCAUUGAUAAACAUGUUGCUCACUUUCUUAAACAGCGCCAGAGCCAAGAGUUACUUUAAUAAAACUACCACAAUACCCACCAGCAAUGUGGAUGGCAUGAUGCUGUACUGAUUCAAAUAAAAAACGUUCUCGUAAAGAAUAUGAGAAUUCAAGUUUAUGGAACAAUGCCUUUUCACAUUCGAAAGGAAAAUUACUUUUGGCAUUUAAACACCAGUAUACAUUUCACUGUAAAGAACCUAGCUACACAGUAUUGACUAGUAUUUUAAACAGUGUAGUUACAAUCAAUAGUUUAGAGUUACUGGCUUUAAUAAUUGAUGGACGAUUAAGUAUAUAAGGCCCGGCAACGGGGCACGGGAGAUUUUUAUGACCGAAUAUAGAAGGCUUAUUUUAGGAAAAUUCCGCAGGCCUAUCGUGUAACACAAACAUUUUAUAGCCAUAUUUAUAUUUGAAUAAAUUCAGUUAAAAUAAUGUUAUUCUGGUGAAC